CCGUAAGACAAGCUUUAUAAGCUCCUGUAUUUAACGUUUGUUAGAAUCAUUCGCAUUUUCGCUGUAAGUGAAAACAAGUACGGAGAUUUUUACGUUUUGUACCUUGCCUAUAAAAAUCAAGAUAAUUUUACUUGUAUUUUAACCGAUUUUCGGAAAAUAUAUACGUUACGUCUAAACAUGGAAAAUAAAACAGCAUAUGAGUAUAUUCCGGCUUUUUAUGCCGGCCGUUGUAUAUUCAUUACCGGAGUGACUGGGUUUAUGGGUAAAGUUCUUAUUGAAAAGAUUUUACGAUCAUGUCCCGAUGUUGCAACCAUAUUUGUACUCAUACGGCCGAAAAAAGAACUAAGUAUCAACGAUAGACUGCAGAAAAUGUUGGAUAACAAGCUUUUCGAUAUGCUACGAAGCACGCAACCAUCUGCAUUUGAUAAAAUUAUUCCUAUAAGUGGAAAUUUAGCUGCUGACAAUUUAGGAUUGCUACCUUCCGACCGAGAAAUAUUGAUCGAAAAAGUGUCUAUAAUAUUCCACAAUGGAGCUAAUGUCAGAUUUAAUGGAAGUCUAAAAGACAUGAUUCUCAAUAACACUAGAGGAACGCUCAAUAUUUGUAGUUUAGCUGAGAAUAUGAAACAACUAGUUGUAAGUGUUUACUACGUACUUUGUAGAAUAAAGUAUUUUUAAUAAUUUAUGCAUACCUAUAAUCAUACAUAAAUAUAUUUUCCAACAAUAAUAUUGUUAUUAAUAAUUCCAUAAGCAUAUCUAUCUGUACGUGUCUUUCGAUAAAAGUAUUUAAAAAGACCUUACACGUACAAAAUUGAAUAACAAACAGUAAAGUGUUUGUACGCAAGUACCAAAGUGUUGGUGUGCAAAGUAUGGUAAAAUAAAAUCUGU